AUCAUGUUAAACAGCUGUUAUUCAUCGCCUACCUGAGUGUUUGGUUAUUCAGCAGUUAAAGCUUAGCAAAUUUGGUUAAACUGGUUGUUGAUUUUUAUUAAUCUUGAUUUUCAAUUUAACCUUGUGUUUACAACAUGGAAACAGAACUAAUUCAACCUAAUAUUGGUAACGGAUGUGAUUUACCAAACUAUCGGUGGACUCAGACGCUUUCUGAAAUUGAUUUGAGGAUACCUCUUCCUGUACCUGCUAAAUCAAGAGACAUCAAUGUUAAAUUUGAAAAGACUCAUCUCACAGUUGGCUUGAAAGGUCAAACUCCAAUCAUUGAUGGUGAUCUUUUUGCCGCUGUCAAACUCGAGGAAUGUUUCUGGACGCUAGAAGGACAAACUCUUUGCCUGUCUCUGGAAAAAAUCAAUAAAAUGGAAUGGUGGAAUAAAUUGGUAACCAGUGAUCCUGAAAUUGAUACAAAAAAGAUAAAUCCAGAGCCUUCGAAAUUAUCGGACCUUGAUGGAGAGACUAGAGCAAUGGUUGAGAAAAUGAUGUUUGAUCAAAGACAGAAAGAAUUAGGAUUACCGACUUCGGAAGAAACCAAGAAACAAGAAAUUUUGAAAAAAUUCAUGCAAGAUCACCCAGAAAUGGAUUUCAGCAAUUGCAAAUUCAACUAAUGUCACACAAAUUCACAUACAUUCUAUUGAAAUACAGAAAUAAAUGAAGUUGCAGUAAGUUGUAAUAAAUGAUUGAAUUAUCUAAACAA